AAAAAGAAAAAAUCUCUAAAAAAAAGUUCUUUUUCUUUCUCUCUUUCUCUCUCUCACUGUUCACUCUGCUGUGUGCCAAAACUAAAACCACUCACAAGGUGCCACUAAUCUGUCAGGUUAUUUCAAGAUACCAUUUUUCUGGUGUUUGGUUCCCAAGAAACUGUUUAGAAUAGAACCACGGAACAGUGAGAAGGCCAAUUCAUUUUCUUCAACCUGUGUCAGCACCAAGCUUGUUUUGCAUUUUUUUCUUCCAGCGGUUUGUUUCCCUUUUCCUCUCAAGAAAAGAGUCCUUUCAGCUUCUUCUUUCAUGGGCAUAUUCUUUUUCACCUUUAUUCUGCUCCAACACUGUUUGAACUACCAACAUUUUUACUUUGUCCAUUGGGGAUUUGAGCUUAAAAGGAGUUGGAACUUGGGAGAUAUCUAAUCAUGCAAUCUGGGUUUGGUUUGAUUUGAUUUACCCUUUUCAAUUUUUGUUUCUGGGUGCUGGGUUUACCUCAGCGUCAAUGUCCCUGUCAUAAAAAGUUGAGAUUUUUGGAUGCUAUUUUUGGCUGGUAGCAGGUCAAGGAUUAAGAGUUUCCUGACUAUAAAACAAAGUGGGAUCUGAUUUUCUUUUUCUUUAGCCUUUUCUUCUUUUGGUGAAAAAUUUGCUUUCACAUGUCUGUGGGAAUUUGUUAUAUUUUGACACGGAUUCUCCAUUAUUUCACAGCAUCUGUGACUUCGAUUUGAUUGUACUAAUGGAAUCUUGGAGUUAUGUCCCUGAAGAGAAAGGCUAUUUGUUUUCUGAUGAAAUGGAUUUUUCACUUGAUGCGUUUAUGAGAAGUCGAAGAACAUUGGUUGAAUGGGACAACAAAUCCAACUUUGAGAGAGAUGGAUUUAAUUCAGACAGAGAGGCUGUUAAAAGCAUGGAAUUUGUGGACUUGGGUUUCCCUGACUUGUUGCAGAAGUCUUUUCAUGGUAGCCAACCUCUAGAGACAUCAAGCUAUGAACUAAAUAGUAAUUCUAGUAGAAGAGGGAAUUCCUCUACACAAGUCAUUGCUUUGGAUUCUACUAUGGGGGAAGAAGAAUCUGAUUCAAAGCAUUUAAGUUCUCUAGUUGAAGCGAAGACUCAUGAUUCUUCCCUGAUUGAUCUGAAGCUUGGGAGAUUAGCAGAUUGUAAAGGUGCAAGCAGUGAUAAAGUUGCAAAAGAAGGGUUUACUUUGACAUCCAUAAAUCCAACUACGCUUUCAAAGAGAGCUCGCACUUCCAGCUUAUCUGCACAGGCUCCUGUAUGUCAAGUUUAUGGUUGUAACAUGGAUCUUAGUUCCUCAAAAGAUUACCACAAAAGGCAUAAAGUUUGUGAUGCUCACUCCAAAACGGCCAAAGUUAUUGUAAAUGGCCUUGAACAAAGGUUUUGUCAGCAGUGCAGCAGGUUCCAUUUGCUGGCCGAGUUCGACGAUGGCAAGCGCAGUUGCCGCAGGCGCCUAGCUGGACACAAUGAACGCCGGAGGAAACCUCAAUUUGAUUACAUGACUGGUAAACAGCACAAGAUUCUUCACUCAUAUCAAGGUACCAAGUAUCUUGGGUCCUCAUUACAGAACAAACCCCAGUUUCCCUUUCAAAACAUAUUUCAAAGUGGCAUCCUUUUCCAUGGAAAACAUGCUCAGAACUCUCAGAGUGGACGCAUCAAACUGGAAGAAGAUUCCUUGUACAGUUCCCAACUUGCUGCACCCGUCACACUUGGUCAGGAAUUAUCAAGCUGUGCUCUCUCUCUUCUGUCAGAUCAGUCACAGUAUCCAUCACGCCAUGCAGCAGGAAAUCCAUUAGCCGGUUCCCGAAUCCUUCACGGCAUUCACAUUCAAGAUAGAGAUGACCUAGUUUCCCAAACAUCUUUGAGGAUAACAAGUUCUGCAGAUAAAUAUGCAGCAAACGAGUCCUUUCCAUGCAACACCGCCUCUAAGGAUGUUAUCAAGAAUCAAACCGCACCAUUAUCUAAUGCAGUUCAUGCUCUUCAAGACCAUCAUGGAGAUGAUAUUUGCCAACCAUCAGACCUGUUUGACAUCAAACACCGUCUUUCCUCGGAACAUGGAGCUACGGUUGAUCUGUUCCAGUUGUCCUCACAUCUUCAGAGGGUGGAGCAGCAAAGAAAUUCUGUUUUGGUGAAGUGGGAAAAUGAUGACUACUGUUUCCCAACUGUAUGAAAGGCUGCUUAUUGUUUUCCGGAACUGUCAUUGACAUGUCCUUUUUAUUGAUACCUAUGUUGUGAUGCUAUAACAGUGGCCUUAGUAGUGAGACUGUUCUUGCUGAAUUGAUUCAUUUGUGUAGUAUGAGAUCAUUGAUGGGUAGCGGAGUGAGGAAUAUCUUAACUAACAAUGGUAGUGGAGAGUGUUUGUAAUGAGGAGAAAAAGGAGAGACAAGAAAAUCCAACAACUGUAUAGCACAGAUACCCCUUGAGCAUUUCAAAAAGAGAAAAAAAUAACCAAGCUAUUUGGGUUUAGCUGUAUUAACAGUCGUAAUUUAUUGGCCUUGAA